UGUUGGUCCGGCCUGGGCUCGAAACCUCGACCUCCCACACAACAGUCCAGCGCACUAUCUAUUGGGCUAACUGGCCUUCAAUGUAGGCAGUUCAAGAGAGCGAGCCAGAUUAGAGUCAAACCUUAACCUUUCAGACCUAGGAUCCGUGGAAGUUGUGGAACAUACCGCCGCCAUUCUCGAACCAGCAGCUCAACAGAACAUACCAGUUGACAAGACAAGGAGGUCGAGUAGCGCGGAAGACAUCGUCAGUGAAAAGAGGGAUGAUGAUUUUGGAGAUGACGACGAAGGAGUGGUGUCUGACUAUGAGUCAGACGCCGAGAUAACAGAGGAAAUUAUUUUACAAAAGCUAGAUGAGCUGUGGUAUGUAGGCUAGCAUUAGCAGAGCAGUUUGUUUUCUGUACUUGAAAAGCGCAGAGACUGGUAAUCAAAACAUUCGGCGGGGAAACAAAAUGGAGGCCAAGCGCUUCAAAAUAGAUCAGGACAAUAAUGGAAAAGUUCAGCGUGACAGCGAGCGGACUACUGCCACAAAGCUUGCAGAAACACUGAUCUAUAUCGUCCCUAAAAAGAUUCCUAAAGCGAGGCUACAAGUUUUAAGCAAUCUGGCGCAGAAGAAAGGGUUUCCCCUAUCGGAACGUUUCAGCGAUUCAGUGACACAUAUAGUCACUGCGUACGACACUGUGGAAAAAAUUCAUGCUUUCCUAGAAAGGCAGCCUGCAAGAAAUGUAGAAGUAGUGAGUCUUUAUUGGCUAACUGACUGCAUAACAGAAGGCAAAAUAGUUAAUGUUACUGACAAGGUUAGGAUCAAGUCUGGUGGAGAGUUGACUUCGCAGAAAUCUUGUGGUGUGGCAGAGGCAGAAAGCAGCAAGUUGGAAGAAACUUCAUUCGGUGAAUAUCAGGUGGCACAAUGUUAUGAUUUUCUUAUCCAUAUUCUAGUCGUGUCUUUGCUAUCCAGUAAUAUAUUAUUUGAUAUUCCUAUUGAGUUAUUUUCAAUUUGUAGAUUUUGCAUUUUUUCCUUGCAGGACACAAAGUUUGUUUGCCAAAGGGCAACGCCUUUGAUCCACCAUAAUACCAAGUUUACUAAUGCAUUAGAAAUACUUGAACGGCAUGCAGUGUAUGUGGACAGUAGUCAAAGGGAUUCCAGAGCCCUUGCUUUCAGACGAGCAGCUUGUGCACUCAAGUCUUAUCCAAAACAGAUCACUAGAAUUGAAGAGGCAUCCAAACUGAGCAGUGUUGGAAGUCAUAGCAAGAAAGUGAUCCAGGAAAUUUUAGAAAAUGGCUCAUCAGAUGAAGUUCAAGACAUCUUAAGUAGUGACUUUUUCAAGACCAUGGAGUUAUUCUCAUCUAUCUAUGGGUGUGGACCUGCGACAGCUCGGAAGUGGUAGGAGAAAGGCUACCGCAGCAUAGCUGAUGUACUUCAGGCAGUGUCAGAUGGAAUGAAACUCACUGAACAACAGGCUAUGGGUUUUAAGUAUCACAGUGAUCUGGUUAAACCUGUUCCAAAAGAGGAAGCUUUCCACAUUAAAGACAUAGUUAUCAAAGAGCUAUCAAAAGUUCAACCAAAUUGUAUUGUGGAGUUGGUUGGAGGCUAUCAGGCAAACCUUCUGGACACGAUGUGGACAUUUUGAUCACGCACCAGAAUGAUAACAAGGUGGAAGGCCUUUUACAAAAAUUGGUUGAAAG